AUGCAACGCUGUCAACAGAAGGAUAGCCGCCGCCCGUGGAGAACCUCGGUCACGCACUCGCGGGGCCCGGUGGCUGGGUGGCGCUGGACGCCGCCGGCCAAGGAGGCGUGCAAGAGCCACCUGUACUACCAGGCGCGCUACUCGCUGCAAGGGCAGGUGACGCUGGGGGCGUGGCGCCAGUUCGGCUUCUUCCGCAGCGACCGCUGGGUGCACUUCCGCCCCACGCACCCGUGCGCCGGGUGGCCCGACGAGUUCUGCGCGCUCUUCACCGACUUCGUCAAGGCCGGCGAGCAGCACGUCGUCGAGCUGACACCGGCGCUUAGCGCGUCGCGCAGGCUGGUGGUGCGCGCCGACACCGCUUGCAUCGUCACCAACUCGUGCGGCGUCAUCGGUGGCGCGCCGCCCACCAACGCCUCCGCCCACCCAGACGCCACCGACGACGUCGACCUGGACGACUCCGACCUCACGACCACGCCGGCCACCCUCCCCGCGAGGCGUCGUCCAUCAGUCAGCCAUGGCAGCAGCGCGGGCGGCGGCGGUCGUGAUCAUGGCGGCUGCGGCCCAGCUAGUCCCGACGACUGCAUAAUGCCGCUGUAUAUAUCAAAUGUUCCUUUUCUGGAUCGUGCGCACGAAGACAUGCUUUUGGUGAAAUUAGAGUGCACACAAUACUGCAAAAAUGUCUUUUGGCAAUACAAGGUGGCCGGCGAGAGCGCGUGGAAGACGGCGGACGCAGAGGUGCAUUCCGAGUUCCAUUCCCAGUACUUCUUCGUUAACCGCCUGCGCCCCGACACCCUCUACGUGCUACGUGCCCUGCUCAAGCCCAGCUUCGGCCCCGCGUACGCGGGCGACGUCAUACCCACGCUGGAAGCGCGGACCUGCCCCGAGCAGCCGCCGCCCGUGGAGAACCUGCGUGCGCAUUCGGCGGGGCCCGGUUGGCUGGAACUGCGCUGGUCGCCCGUAAAGGAGCCGUGCAGGAGCCGCCUGUACUACCAAGCGCGCUACUCGGUGCUGAAUACGACGCUGGACACAUGGAUUGAUUUGGGCCACUUCUCUUCCAACCAUUGGGUGUCCUUCCGCCCCACGCAUCCCUGCGCCGGGUGGCCCGACGAGUUCUGCGCGCUCUUCACCGACUUCGUCAAGGCCGGCGAGCAGCACGUCGUCGAGGUGCGAGUGAGCCGCUAUGGCGAGUCGACGUCGGCAGUGAGCGCGUCGCGCAGGCUGGUGGUGCGCGCUGACACCGCUUGCAUCGUCACCAACUCGUGCGGCGUCAUCGGCGGCGCGCCGUCCACCAACGCCUCCGCCCACCCAGACGCCACCGACGACGUCGACCUGGACGACUCCGACCUCACGACCACGCCGGCCACCUUCCCCGCGGUACGUACACGCCCACCUGGUCGCCCGCCUCUACUUCUCGGGACAUCGGUCCAGUUCCGACGGACAGCAGGUGAAUACGACGACGCCGACUACGCCCAUGACGACGACCUCGAUUCGGACCCCAAUCCCGACGCCCUCGCCCACGCCCACGCCCACGCCGACGCCGACGCCGACGCCCCACGCCCACGCCACCACGCGCCAAGCCGACGAAGGCGGCCGGGCGGCGAGGCGACGCUCAGGGCUCGAAGGCACAGCAGCCGCGCA